AUGAUGAGCGGUCAAGGAAAUCCGACCCGGCACAUUCCGUCUUUCGUUCAGCAAUUCUACCAGCACGACCAGCCCUUGGCCGAUCAUUUUUACCAGGCUUCACAUCUUCCCAGCUACCAGCCUGACGAGCAGUCUCUCGGUUAUGAAUUCUACCUGUCGGCUCAGAUCGCCGGUCUUCAACCUUACCAAGGCGCUAGGAUUACCACAGGGCAGUCUAUCGGUCAUCAGUACUACCAGCCAGACCUGCUGGCCAACCCUCAGUCUUACCAGGCUGAACAGACCACCCCUUACCAGCCAGCCGAGCCGAGAUUGCCUUCAGUGAACUACCAAGGUGACUUUACCAACCCCCAUAACCACUCCGCCACGAUCGAUCCGAAUGAGUCUUCAUCCCUAUACUUGACCCAUCUCCCGCCAGACAUCACCGUGACCACUCUCCUCGAUACCAUCUACCUCAGUGUUCCCGAGCUCGACGACCGCAUCUUUACAUGUUGUUGA